CAUGGCAUAACAUAAAGCAAGCUCCUAUAUAUCCCCGUUGUUGCCUCCAUUUCCGAUCUUCAAACCAUUCGAGCACUCGGAAGAAGAGGACAUCGGACGCUCCGAAGCAUUUUAGUGCCAGAAGAGAGAGACAGUAAGGACAAAAGAGAAUGGGCGAGAAAGAGGGCGCCAAGAACGAGGGCGAUCAGAAGGACGACGGGAAUGUCGCCGUCGUCCUCAAGAUGGACAUGCACUGCGACGGCUGCGCCAAGAAAGUCCGCCGAGCUGUCAGAAGUUUCGAUGGCGUUGAAGAUGUGAAGGUCGACACUGCUGCCAACAAACUAACAGUGACCGGGAAAGUCGACCCCACGAAGAUCAAGGAGAAGUUGGAGGAGAAGACGAAGAAGAAGGUGGAGAUUGUUUCUCCGCAGCCCAAAAAAGAUGGCGGUGGCGGCGAUAAGAAGCCUGAGGAGAAACCCGAGAAGAAAACAGAGGACAAGAAGGCAGAGGACAAGAAACCCAAAGAGACGACGGUGGUUUUUAAAAUCAGGACACACUGCGACGGUUGCAUUAAGAAGAUCAAGAAGAUCGUUUCGAAGAUCAACGGGGUGAACGCGGUGAGCAUUGACGGGGCCAAGGAUCUAGUGGUUGUAACAGGGAUGGUGGACCCCAAGGAACUGACUCCAUACCUCAGAGAGAAGCUCAGAAGGAGCGUCGAGGUGGUGCCGCCGCCACCGGCCAAGAAGGACGCGUCACCGCCACCGGCAAAGACGGACGAUGGAGCUUCGGACAAGAAGGAGAAAGAAGGUGGUGGUGAGAAGAAGGACAAGGAAGCAGGAGGCGGCGGCGGAGACAAGAAAGAGAAAGAAGCUGCUGCCGGUGGUGGCGAGAAAAAAGCCAAGGGUGAGAGCAAAAAGGAGGAUGGGGGCAGCAACGAGGCCCCGAAGAUGGAGAUGAGCAAAAUGGAGUACCCCGGUUACUCCGCGCCACCUCCGAUGUAUUGGCAGGGGGGACCCUCGUACGCUCAAAGUUACGGUUACGACUACUCCCACGCCCGAAGUUACGCCCCCAACUACGCCCACAACUAUGCUGUUGAGCCGUACAAUUACCAUGCGGGGUAUGCGAACCAAGGCUACCCGACUCACUAUGUGAACGAAGGCUACGGGAUGCCUAUGGAUCAGCGGUUGCACCCUAUGGACCCGCGCUUAAACCCCCCUCAAAUGUUCAGCGACGAGAACCCGAACGCCUGCUCCGUGAUGUGACAUAUUCCGAUGCCGAGGACCGAAAACCAAUAAAAUGUGAAAAAAAAAAUAUGGAACCAUAAUUGUAAAUACUUAAAAUCAUAGGUCCGGAAAAGUGACCGUGUGAAAUACAUUUUUGGAAUCAUGCAUUAGGUUAGAAGAAGACCGCCCAACUGGCCGGUUGGUUGGGCCGGUUCAGUUGUUGGGUGGUCGUUGGUUGGUUUUCAUUUGUUGUAUCUGGUUGUCUAAAAAAAAUUUUGUACUAAGUGCUGAUGAAAUCAAAUGAGAUAUCGAAGUUCCACUACGAAUCAAAUUUUAAUUAGUGUACACGUGGCGUACUUGCCAAUCUGUCAUCUCAAUGUUUCGGUGGAAUCUUGUCCUUUUGAUGUGGGUUUUUAUA